AUGUGGAAUUUACUGAUUUGUUUACCAGAGUUCAAAUGUUUGAAGCCUAAAAAAUUUUUUUUUUCGUUUUGUUCCAACUCUAUUCACAAUACAGAACUACCACUAAGGUCUUUUUCUUUUUUGACCCUACAGUACAUGGAUUUGAUCCAACAUUACACGUCAGAAACCGAAAGUGAAACCGAAACCCAAGAGGAAGGCGACAGAGAUUUUCCAAUAGAAAGUGACGAGAAAGAAGGAGAAAACAAAUUAGAGAGUCAAACAAGCAUCCCUCCACCGCUUCCAAAUAUUGAGAUUUAUCUGCAACUUUAUCAGCAAAACAUGUCUAAAACAGUGGCCACCACCUUUGGGUACCUUCCAUGGAAACCACCAUUUGCAGCGAUCAGGAACAUAGAGAGGGCCUGUUUGCGUACAAUUUCUAAGAUACCUUUGCUCUCGGAAAACUACAAGUUUGUAUCUACACACAAGGACACCUCACGUCUAGUGAAACAGCAUCUAACUGUUUUUCCCGGUGUAGCACUAAACACCCCUGAUACCCAUUUAGUGGCAGACAAAAUAUUUGAGAGUGUGGCGAAGUUGGAAGUACCCAAAUCAAUGAUAGUGACUGUGGGAGGGGGACUGGAUCCGUUGUCACUGAUACUAAACAAACCAAGAAAGGCCAUUCGUUUCCAAACCGUCAACUACUUAGAGUUAGCAAGAGGAUUCACAAAUGACAGACUAUUUUUGUUGAUAUAUGUAAAACACACUGCUGACUCGAGAAAAUAUGCCGAUGAGCUUACAAAGUUGUGCAGACAAACUCUUGAGGAUAAUGGGUAUUUGCAAAACCCUGAAAGGUAUUCGCCAUCAUCGUAUCAUGUCUCUAUAUGCACUGGCUAUCUUAAGAAAGCAGAGUUGCUGAAUAAGGACAUUGCAAAGGUAAACAAACAGCUUCGAAGCAUCACCAUUCCUGAGCUAGUCGACCUCCUGUUUGACGUCGAAGAAUUGUGUUGCACCGGUUCGAGUGAGACCAUUUAUUCACAUAGAUUACUACCAUAUACGUAA